AUGGCCACCUCAUCGGAGACCUUCUUUAUCGUGUUCGCCGUGGUGAUGUGCAGCAUCCUGUUCUGCUUCACCGUCGGCAUCAUCGUGAUUGUUCGUUGUUGCGAGUGCAACGACUUCAACGACCUGCCGAGUGUUGUUGUUGAGGUGAAAACGGAUACCGGCUCAAUAAAAAAAAAGAAAAAAGCACUUUGGAACUUAAAAGCUAUGCAAUUCUCAACAGAUAGUUGUGUUUUGUUCGAUUCUAUUCGUGUUUCUAAAACAAUCCUCCAUUAUGCUUUAACGUUUUGUUUUCUGCCUUCUAUAAUUUUCAUGGCAGGUUACUAA